GGUGAUAAUCGCAGUUCGCAGCAUCCCAGCGAAAUGGAGAAACGUUAUUUGGAAAAUCCUUAUCCCGAUUAUGUUAAUAAACAAACAACGCCUAUAAAUUUGGACGAGGAGCAUGUCAAGAAUUUAAUAUGUACCUAUGUGGAUGCUAUUCUGGAACAUUGUCGCCCCGGCUGUGAUGAUGAGGAUAAUCGUGGCGAUUUGUAUGUGGGCAAUGCUGGUAUUGCCUAUAUGUUCUGGAAAAUGUCCAGAUCGAAUCAGUGUCAUGAUUUGUAUCCAGCCUCACUGGAGCAUGCCCAUGCCUUUAUACGUAAUGCCAAGGCAAAUGCAGACCGUUACAAAAAGCGGCGGGAGGAACGAUAUUCGUUUUUAUGCGGCAAUGCUGGCAUCUACGCCGUGUCUGCGGUAAUUUCCCAGGAUCUGAAGUUGGUUCAGGAUCUGUCGGAUGAUUUAACAAAUUUCAAGGCCGGCAUUGCACCCAGCAAGGAGCACUUACACACCAAAUAUGGCUGUGAUGAGGUGUUGGUGGGAAGAGCUGGCUACUUGUCCGGUUGCUAUUGGCUGAAUGAUGUUUUGCCCGAGAAGAAAAUCACCGAUGACGAUGUUAUUUCCAUUUGUCAAAUGGUUAUAGCCAGUGGCCGGGAAUAUUCCAAAAUGACAAAUGCUCCCUUGCCGCUUAUGUAUCAGUAUCAUGGUACUGAAUAUUUGGGUGCCGCUCAUGGCCUAUGCUCCAUAUUGCAUAUGUUAUUGGAUAGUCCAUGGUUCAGCAGUGACCCCAUAUCGGCACCAUCGGCUGAGUUGAGAGAUAUCAAGAAGUCCAUUGAUUUCUAUUUAAUGCUGCAGGAUGAGGAGGGUAAUUUCCCCGUGGCCUUAGAAGAUUUACGUAGUGGUCGUGAGAAGAGAUUAGUCCACUGGUGUCAUGGUGCCCCCGGGGCGGUGUAUCUGUUUGCCAAGGCGUAUUUGAUUUUCAAAGAGGACAAAUAUUUACAGUCUUUGAAAAAGGCAGCCGAUUUGGUGUGGAAAAAGGGAUUUCUACGUAAGGGCCCUGGCAUUUGCCAUGGUGUGGCCGGCAAUGGCUAUGUGUUCUUAUUACUCUACCGUCUAACAAAUGAUCCCAAGUACUUCUAUCGUGCCAUUAAAUUUAUGGAAUUGCUAAGCAAUGCCGAAUUCAAGUUAAGGGCACGCACCCCAGAUCGUCCUCAUAGUUUGUACGAGGGGGUCGCCGGCACCGUAUGCUACUUAAUCGAUUUACUUGAACCCGAUCAAGCCCACUUCCCCUUUAUGGAUGUUUUCCAUUGA